UAACCUGCACUUUUCCAUACAUUCUGGAUUCGUACCUGUAUUAUGAAGGCGUAUUAUAAAGGUAUGUGUUCAAAUAAAACCUAAAGCAUACACAGUCUUGACUAAAUUCCAGACAACUCAUUUUAGAGUCUUUAUUAAUAGUCUCUAAAAUUAGUCUUAGUAUUUACUUUUGUUGUUGUAGUUGUAUUUUGAUAUUAAGUUGUUCCAAAACCUUUUUAGAUUUUUUUUUUGUCCUUUUUUUUUUUUUUUAUUUAUUUUAUUUAUUUAUUUUUUUAAAUGCAGGCCUACUACUUGGUCUCAGGAGAAAUUCUGCAUCUGCAUUGACUACCGUAAACACACGUAAAACAAUAGCCUACAAUUAUCUCAGUGACUGAGCAAGACAGAACAUUUCUAUUGUGUUUGUUCCCGUUUGGUGGGGUCCGAUCACUAAGCCGGUCAUUCUCACAUUUCUGGUUGUUCAUCCUGAACCGAAGAAACUGCAAUGUUUGAAAUAUUUUUUUGUUAAUUUGAAUGACUUCACACAGAUUUUAGUUAUAAGUAAGCUAUAAGUGCUGUUAACAGUGAGGGCUAAUAAUCACCAAAUAGCAUUCUUGCAAUUCUUUCAUAAUGUUAAGUGGAUAUAAAAUUUAUUUUUUUUUGCUUGAGAUUUUAAAGAUAUCUUGUAGCCAUAGCUUGCCUAUAUGACGUUGUACUGUAUGAAAUUGAUUCAUGAUGAUCAAUAAUUAAGCGCCACUUCUUUUGUUGACUCGGCUCAUUUCUGCUACUAAAUACAAUACAUUCUUACUUAUCUAAAACUAAUUUACAUUCUUAUUUACUUAAGACUUAUUUAUAUUCAUUCAUAUUCAAAAGGCAUUUAGCACAGGUUUAUAUCGUGAACCAUAUUUAAACAUGCCCAAUAUUAUCUUAUCUAUUGAUUGGAGCUCUAUAACUUUCUAUUCCUGAAGUUUCCAGCAACAAUAUAUUGUUAUACAAGUUGAUAUUAUUCGCUUUAUUUUGUUUUUCCCAAGACACUUGUAUGAACGCACAACACAGAGAUGAACUAAACGCAAUGGCCGAAGCAAGUGCUUGUACCAUUUUACCAUUUUUAAUUUAUUUUUUUUAAAUGAAGAGAGAUGAAUUCUAUAGGAGUUUUAAGUUUUGUGGGUUUGACUUACAAAACCCUCCAUUUGAGACCUGGCCUCGCUAUAGCAACACCUUCCCAAACACCCCCCACACACACAUACGCAAAGUUACUGUGAAACUCGGAGCAGCAAGUUCAAACUUAUCAUUCACUUAUCAGACAGAUCUGAAGGUAUGAUUAUAUAUAAUAUGCUAUAUAACAUGCUAUACAUUGUGUUGUUCUUUAAAGCAGUAUAUCAUAUAGUGUAUAUAUUGUUUAUUCAUUUUGUAAUAUUGCUGUUCAAUGUAUUGUUUGGGAAUCCUUGCAUUAGGCAUACUGUUAUAUUGAAUAAGGGUGUAUGUAGUAUACAUAUAUAGUAAGAUAUAUUUAACUUUUUUUUCUGAGAAUGAUUUUCAAAUGAUUAUUAUUCUGAGGGGGAAAAAAGCUAGUAAUUUCCUAUCACAGUACACUGGUCUGUGACGACCACACGAUGACACUGAAGACCCAAGAUACUCAUCACACUAGCUCUUUUCCAUCCAUUCUGCAUUCCUACCAGUAUUCUGAAGGCUUGGGAAAGGCAGUCUCCAUGGCCAAAGUCAUGACGCAGAUGAAGAAGCUGAAAGAAAAAAGAGUUGAGCGACCUGUGUCUGCUGCUGAGCUCCAAAAAAAGAAAGCUCUUCUUGAACAGCGCCAUCUUGAGUCGUAUCGCAGGCUUCACCGCCUGAAGGACAGCUUGUCUCACAGAUAUGCCGAGCUGCUGACGGAGAAGGUCCAGAGACAACGACAAGAGAUGAAACAGCACAACUCGGCUUUAAAAUUCGCAGAAAAACACAAUGGACAGAGCUCAACAGGCCUGACCUUCCAGGAGCUUGUUGGUUCAACCCUUAAAGAUAAUGCUGCAUUCCUGAAGUCUUUAUCUAAGACACGUUAUUACCUGGUCCUGGAGCUCCAGAAGCAAUUGGGCCAGAGGAGGUGUCUACAGGGUAUCAGGGAGCAAGAGGUGUUCAGGUCCUGGGUGGAUCAGAGCAAAACCACACAACUAGAGAAACAACUACAGCAAAUGGGUGAGAAGAGACUCUAG